CCAAAGGGGAGGGAGGAGCUCGGCACCUCAUUCUCGUAUUUUCUUACUGUCCACGCGAAGCCUUGCGCGCUGCCAGUGAACUCGGAGCAAUUCACCACCGCACCAACCGCCACGGUCUUCUUCGAAGACGCCGCCGCCUUCCAAGUACUCCAUAGACGACCCUUCUCUCUCCAGUUCCUAUGGCGACCAUAAGAAAUCUGAAAAUCAAGUCAGCGACUUGCAAACGAAUUAUUAAGGAGUUGCAUUCAUAUGAGAAAGAGGUUGAGAGAGAAGCUGCCAAAACAGCAGACAUGAAGGAAAAAGGAGCUGACCCUUAUGACCUUAAGCAACAGGAGAAUGUGCUUGCUGAGUCAAGGAUGAUGAUUCCUGAUUGUCGCAAGCGCCUAGAGGCCUCAUUAGCUGACCUGAAAGGAACUUUGGCUGAGCUUGAGGAGUCGAACCAAAAGGAUGCCCCAGAAAUACUGGAAGCACAAAGCACCCUAGCGGAGGUUGAGCAGUUGUUUCACACAACUGAAGCUUAAUGUUGUUGGGGGCUUUCAUCGGUAGUGGCAGUCAGUGAAGGGG